AUGAAUUUACUACGUCAACAAGCUGUUCGUCAGAUUAAAACAUUAUUUCGUACGAUACCUGAAAUUGGUCGUAUUAAUGAUGAUCAAGCAAAUUUUGAUGAAAAACUUUAUUCAUUAACACGUAUCGAAUCAGUUCGCCAUAAACAAUCAGCAGUACCCUUGGGUCGUUUUAUAGUUUCAUUACCACAAUGUCAAGCUGCUUCAUUAAUUGAUGGGGAUCUUGAAUUUAAUAAGAAUACAAAUAGUCGAGCAUUGCCAAUGGAACAAACUGAUCAACAAGCAGUAUUAGAUAAUGAUGGUGGUUUACGAGUACCGGUCAAUCUUUCUACAUUUCUUACUACAGCUUUUGAUGAUCUAGUCAAAACAUCGCGUUCGUCUUCUUAUUAUGAUCAAAAACGAUAUCGAUGGUAUUUUGAUGAUUGGAAAAAAAAACCGAAAUGGGCUGAAAUAACUGAUAAAUCACUUAUGGAACGAAAAAAUAAAAAACUUGUUGUUGAAUUUAGUUCACCAAAUAUUGCUAAACCUCUUCAUGCUGGACAUUUACGUUCGACAUUACUUGGUCAAUUUAUUGCAACUAUACAUGAACGUUUUGGUCAUUCAGUUUAUCGUUUAAAUUAUCUUGGAGAUUGGGGAACACAAUAUGGUCGUCUUGCUGUUGGUUUUACAAAAUUUGGAUCUGAUGAAGAACUUAAUAAACGUCCACUUAUGCAUCUUCUUGAUGUUUAUAUUCGUGCUAAUAAAGAUGAGUCAAUAUUUGACGACGCCAUGAAGUAUUUCGCUAAAAUGGAAGCAGGUGAUAAAGACGCAUUAGAGUUAUGGAAAAGAUUUCGUGAAUUAUCAAUUGACAAUUUAAAACAAAUUUAUCAAUUAUUUAAUAUUCAGUUUGAUGAAUAUCAAUCGGAAUCACAAUUUAGUGAAAAAUCAAAAGAACUAAUGGAUCAACUUUGUCAACGUGGUUAUUGUAAACGACGUAGUGAUGGCGUUUUAGAAGCAAUUAUUCCUUCGCAAUAUAACAGUUUACCACGAGAUGCUUAUGUUAUUGUUCGAAAAUCUGAUGGAACUUCAUUAUAUAUUACGCGAGAUGUUGCUGCAUUAAAAUCACGUUUAGAUACAAUACCAAUGGACAAAAUAUUGUAUGUUGUAGAUUCUAGUCAAACAGAACAUUUUCGAAAUUUAUUAACAAUAGCAAAAGCAAUGCAGAUUGAACAAGUACAAAAUUGGGAUUUAGAUGAUUUUUAUGUUCCAUUUGGUCGUAUGAUUAAUUUUCAAACACGAAAAGGAAAAAUUGAUUUAUUAUCUGAUGUAUUUGAAGAUGCAAAAGAACGAGCAAAAGAAGGACUUGGUCGAUUUUUAAUUCGUAAAGAAGGAAUCGAUCAUGUUAAAGUAUCUGAAGUAAUCGGAAAAGCCUAUUUAAUCUUAAAUGAUUUUUCACGUCCACGACGUACUGAUUAUAUAUUUUCUUGGCAUGAAAUAUCAUCAAAAGAUGGUAUUGCAUUUUUACUUCUCUAUUGUCAUGCACGAUUAUGCAGUUUGGAAAAACAAGUUAACAUGCCUAUUGAUUGGUCAGCAAAUGCUAAUUUAUUAACCGAUCGACAAGAACAUAUACUUAUACAACAAUUAAGCACGUGA